UCUUUCUAAUUUAAUCAUUUCACCAUCUAAUUCUUCUUAUCAUUGAUUCAAUAUGUUAUUAUCAUUGAUUUCUGGUCAUUUACUACCUUCUAUUGUGCACUGGAUGGUGGAGAUUAGCAAAAUCCUUGCUAGAGGUUUUGUAUUGGAGCUUCCCACCUUCAUCCCCAAUUUCUGCAGUUAUGAUGGUGGAACUCCUGUAAACAUUACAGCUGCUCAACCAAAAGCUAUAGGAAUCUCAGGACCUUCCAAGAAUAAUUACGCUCAAGGCAAUGUGGUUUCACCACUCAACAAAAUAGAGUUGGCUAAAUCAAGCUCAAAGCCAUCAUCCAUUCAAGGAUGGCACACAGCCAUGGAGGAUGCUGUGAGUGUGACGAAUGGGGAAGAGGAAGAUGCAAGUCUUGUAGAGAGUAGUCCUCCAAGUCCAUAUAAAGCUUGUUACUGGAUGCAAAUUCAAAGUGCAGGAACUGAAGAAGGGGACACUGAUGAUGAUGCUAAUGUUGAUUUUAAGAUUGCUUCUAAUGGUGAAAGGCAACAGGAAAAGGAGCGUGGGAGAGAAGGUACCAAUAUUUAUGAUUUGCCUCCUGUGGAGCUAAGAAGUCUCACUGCUCCGACUAAUCUCGGAAGCAAAGCAAGAAACAAGACAAGCAGGGGAAAGUGCCCUCAGAGAAGAUAUAGAAGAAUCUUUAUUUGGGUCGCCAGCACUCUGCAAGUAGCAGAACCAGGGAACCCUUUCAUGGAGCAACAUCAAACUCAUAGCACCUUUGAACACUGAACACUCAAAAAGACAAUCUGGGAAAGCAAGGCAAUAUCUUAUCAUUCUUAGAAAGAGUUGACUUGGGCGAACGAUUCUGCUUCUUCCUAGCUGUCAUUCUUCACUAGAUU